AGGCUAGGCGCCAAUGCAAGCAGUUCGCAUGCAGCCCCUGGAGCGGUGCCCUCCUGAUAAACCGGCCAGGGGGCCUACGUUCUUUACUUUUUUACAAGAGAAGUCACUCAACAUCUUAAAAUGGCCGCCGUCAUUGCCAAGUCCUCCGUCUCCGCGGCCGUGGCCCGCCCGGCCCGCUCCAGCGUGCGCCCCAUGGCCGCGCUGAAGCCCGCCGCCGCCAACGGAAACGGAAACGGAAAUACCAACGGAAACGGAAACGGCGCCAAGCAGCAGUUGUUCGGCGGUCUGCUGGGCCGCAAGCAGCAGCCGGUGGAGGAGGUGCAGGAGGAGCCCGAGGAGGAGGUGGAGCCGGAGCAGGAGACCGCUUCCAAGAAGGAGCGCGCGUUUAACCUGCUGGGAGCGUUCCGGCGGUGAAUGCGUCAGGAUGCGUCAGCGUGAUUGGGUCCUUGAUGCAAACUGAGAGAAGAAAAGGCAUAAUCCCUGGGCUGGCACGCUGGGCUGGGCACCCAUGCUUGGACGGACUGUGCCUUCUUGUAAUGUCGCAUUCAUAAUCCCAAGGCGACUUCCUUUUUGGCGGCUUGCGGAUAACGGUUCGGCACGGUCAUGUAUGGUGCGUGAUCAUGAAGCGCAAAGGACGCUAGAAUACAUUCGAAUGUGGCCCCUCCCGUGGCACAGGCAGAAGCCGUCAGCAGAAAUGUGGAGUCCAUGCAAAGUGUCACAUGGUCUUGUCGGCUGCCGGGUCAAGGAGCUUAUCCAGAGCGUGCCCUCAUACCGUACUGUACAAGUACGGUGUAACGCAUGGGUGGAACGUCAACAUGGCAUGGUCGGGGUGUGCGAUGGGACAGUGUUAAGGCAGGUUGGUGAAGUCCCGUAGGAUGCAGCUGAUUCCCAGCAGAUGGCAAACAAUUUGCAACGGCAGGGCAGGAGUGCGCGGCUGGUCGAACGCCAGAGUUACUUUUGCUGACGGAUGCUCUUACAGUACCGACAAGUUGCUGGCUGGCUGGAAGUUUGCUGACGCGCAUUCCUCACGCUCCGGCGCCAGGCGAUAGCACCACACAGACACACCGCAACGCCACACUCGCGAUGCAGAGCCGCAGCGCAUCUGCAGGAAGCGGCUCUCCACGGCGUUCUGCAUGACGGGAGCUCUCGUGCCUCUGUCACGACCCCCCCUGAUGCAUUACGCAAACCGCACCCGUUCCACCGUCCUACGCCGAUCCCGUCAAGUCCCGUCCUAGCGCCAUUGGUGGAUUGGUGGACCGAACUUCGGAGUCCCCUGCACGAUGGUAGUACCGCACUGUCUCAGUGUGUACAAAUGAUGAUGAACCCAGUGCCCCAGGGGAGUGGUGAACUACGCAGCCCACGUCAAGCAAGCCGCGACCGUCGGCACAACCCGGAUCGCCGCAUGCGCCGGCGCACGGGUCUAUACAUUCGACGCGAGCCAGGUAAAACUCUUCCACAUACCUCUUAGAGGCGACACGGCGCCAGAAACGACGAAAAACUGGACAAACGGCAGGAACAUUGUCUGUUUCCUAGCAACACCGCGAGAGCGGCCCAGAUGCCCCGCCUGCCGUCCUAUGAUACUUCGUGACAGAUGAAGGUAAUUGGCAUGCUUUGCGCGCCAGCCGGGGCCGCCGCGACGGGGGCGUAUAUUAGUUGUGUCACGCCACGGUUUGAACUCGCCCGCGUGGCCGAGCUCGUUAGUUUUGAUAAAACCCAGCCUUAAUAGCGUCGCGAACGUCCUGAGAAUGCAAAGUGACUAUCGUGCGCGUGCACCCGUGCCGCAUCCUCACUCUGCGUGCAAGCCCGGCUUCCCGGGCGCGCCAGAAGGAGCGCAGCCAAACCAGGAUGAUGUUUGAUGGGGUAUUUGAGCACUUGCAACCCUUAUCCGGAAGCCCCCUGGCCCACAAAGGCUAGGCGCCAAUGCAAGCAGUUCGCAUGCAGCCCCUGGAGCGGUGCCC